GUCAAUUGAUGCGUUUUGUUCAAAGAAUAUUUCUCAUUCAUUAAACAUAUGUUUCAAAGGGCCUCUGUGUGUUGGUAGGAGGAAUUUGUGUGGAUUUUGGUGUGCAAUGAAAGAAGUAGAAGCUUUAUGCUGUGCGGGUGGGCCGGUGUUUUCUUAUUUCUUUUGUGGUUUUGUUCUACCUUAAGUUAUUUUCUAGUAUUACAUUUUGAUUGAUUAUUGCAUUGUAGGGUUUUGAUUUGGCAAGAAAGGCAUUUCACUGUACUUGUGCAUGUGACAUAAAUCAUUUACAUGUGAAACUUGAAGGGUUAUAAGUACCAGGAUACACCUGCUCUGCUCAGAGAAAAGUGGGUUCGUCUUCUGUAUUAGACAUUUUGCUAUUUACAACGGCUGGAUAUUGUGUCGUUUUGUUUGGUCUACAAUGUGGACACCUACGAUCGCUUUGCUUUUCAUGUGUUCUCACUGUUUUGUGCACAGCCUCAAAUCAUAUGUAAUCCAAACCUCUAAAGAAGUGAUGGAUCCAUUGGAACAGGUGGACCCGCACAGUGGAACGGUGUAUGUACAGAAUAAUGUGAACACACGUCGCAGGGCAGAUACAUCUUCUCGCCGUCACAGGACAGCUUUACCUGAUCAAGAACGCAGUCUGUCAGCGAGAAAUACCUGCAAUGGAUCUCAGAAAAAGAACCAGAGUAAAGAAAUAGUUGCUCAUGAUGAUGACGACAACAUAAGGAAAGUUGCAGAGAAGGCCACAUGCGUGCGCUCUGAAGACUGUGAGGCAGGACUGUGCUGCGUCCGCUAUUUAAAAGUGAAAAGAUGUCAACCCAUCCCAAAGGAGGGAGAUACCUGCCUCCUGCGAGGAGGACGCUCUAAACACCGGAGGAAUUUUUGACCGCUGCAACUGUGCACCCGGGCUAAUCUGUCAUGCCCAGGCUGAAAGCCCCAAAAACCAAGGAGUUUGUCAACCUAAACUGAGAGAGAACGGGAGGAGUGCUAGACACUCAGGCAAGAGGCGUAUGGCAGAGAGAAGAUGUGGAUGACUUAAGCCUUUCUUUUACUCAACACAUUUCACUCAAUAAACUACCUUUGUGCCAUUCUUUGUUUAAAAUGUUAAAGGCUAAAUGCAAGUUAAGCUUUUGUAAAUGUAUAUUUCAUUCCAUACAAGCUCCGGUGGUCUACUCUUUGUUUUUAUUUGAGCCCCUCACCUAAUCUUAUUAAUCUUUAAAAGACAAAUCCUCACAUUUCAUAACUUAGCCAGUCCAGUCAGUGACCGAUCAGAAUCUAAAAGUGGGGUUAGCACAAAACCCCAUGUGGCAAAAUGCUGUACUUUAAAGGCCAGGUAGCACAUAUUGUCAGAUAUUAAUGUAGUUGGUGCUGUAUAUUAACUAAUAUACAUUAGUUCUAACUAGAAAAAAAUCUUUGUUGUUUACAAUUACACAACUUAUGUUCCCGCAUAUAAAAACCACGAAGACUGCCGGAAAGGCCCGAACGCAAGAUCGUAAUUUCUAUGAAGAACAUAACAUUUUAUAGCCUGUAGCCUGUACUGUUCAUGUAGAGCUGGUGUGCAUGAGUGGCACUUCACUUUUUUAGGAAAACAGCUGUGACAUUAUUGAUCCUAAGAUCAAAAUGUUAUUUGUGUAAUGAAAAUGAAUUGUGAAAUAAAAAAUAAACUGCAAUUUCCUCAAA